UCCAUUUGUUGCCAGAUUUGAUUGUGAUGAUCUUGCCAGAAAACUUUUGCCCUAAAAAGGAGGAUUGCUUCCACAAAAGACAGAGAGCAGCAGUACUAUGGGACCAGCCAAUAAAUCUCAAACAUCUCCAGACACCUUCUUGCUGAUGGGCAUCCCAGGACUAGAGCACCUGCAUAUCUGGAUUGGGAUUCCCUUCUGCUCCAUGUACAUGGUGGCUGUGGUGGGGAAUGUGACCAUCCUGGCCGUGGUGAGGGCAGAGCGGAGUCUCCAUGAGCCUAUGUUCCUCUUUCUGUGCAUGCUCUCCAUCACUGACCUGGUCCUCUCCACAUCUACACUGCCUCGCAUGCUCUGUCUCUUCUGGCUUGGAGCACGUGACAUUGCCUUUGAUGCUUGCCUGGCUCAAAUGUUCUUCAUCCAUAGCUUUACUGCUAUGGAAUCAGGUUUUUUCCUGGCCAUGGCCUUUGACCGUUACGUGGCCAUUUGUCAUCCACUGCACCAUACCACGAUUCUCACCCAUGCUCGCAUUGCCAAAAUGGGAGCUUCUGUGGUACUCCGGGGAGUGGCCUUCUUUUCCCCACAUCCCAUCCUGCUCAGGCAGCUGCCCUACUGCAGAACACGAGUCAUUACCCACACCUACUGUGAGUUCAUGGCCGUGGUGAAGCUGGCAUGUGUGGACACAGGAGCUACCAAACAUUACAGCCUCAGUGUAGCCUCUGUCAUUGGUUCCUGCGAUGGCUUUUUCAUUGCUGUCUCUUAUGCCCUAAUCCUCCGUGCAGUCUUUCGCCUUCCAUCACAGGAAGCAAGUUUUAAAGCUCUAGGAACCUGUGGCUCUCAUGUCUGUGUCAUCCUUGUUUUCUACUCCACAGCUGUCUUUACCUUCCUCACUCACCGCUUUGGCCACAAUGUGGCCCCCCAAAUUCAUAUCUUUAUUGCCAAUAUGUACCUUCUGGUACCACCUUUCCUUAACCCCAUUGUUUAUGGUAUUAGAACCAAAAAAAUUCGAGACCAUGUCCUUAGUUCUCUAAAGGUAAAAGUCACUUGAUUAUCCUGGAAUUGUUUGCAGAGAUGGUAUCAUAAUCAGAAGGGAAGUAGGGAAAUAAUUGAUCCCAUUUUUAUAAAUGACAUGGAAUUUUCUCCCACUGAAAUCAGACAUUUUCACAGAGAAGAGUGACCACACCUAAUAGAAAUUCCACAAUUGUAGUGAAACUAGAGGGCAUGAGACAUUUUGUGCACACAUGGAUUUUAAGGAGCUUCCUUAAAGCUUUUUUAAUUGGAAAGCAGUCCCCUUCUGCUCCUUGCUGCUACUGAUCUGUGUUGUAACUGGGGGUGGUAGUUUAUUUUCAAGUAGGUGUGAUUUAAAAAAAAAAGUGAAGAAGCCCAUGAGAACUUCAAAAAUUCCAUGCAAAGUAUUUGCAAUUGAAAAUUUAAUGAUCACUAUCAAUAUUCUACAGAAGAGGCAAUAUAAUAGGAUUGAUGUCUUUUUAAUACAGGACAUAGUAAUUGUGUAUUUUAGUCACAAGAAUGGACACACACAAGACAAGUUGUCAAGCAGAAAUGUGGAAAAGUUCAAUAGUGCAAUAAUCAAGCCCACAGAAUUUUUAAACAUAUUGCUCAUAGAAUAUUGUGUCUCCACAAAGCAUAACUUGUGCCUCUUAUUGUUUUGUUAUCUAAACUAAGACUGGGUCUCUUAAAGAUAUUCUCUUUACCUUCAUCACAAAUUAUCCUGAAACCAGAAACAACUUUAUGCUUGAUGGUAUGUAUCUACUUGGGAAUUUGCCCAGAGCUUAGGCCCAAGCCCACUGAACUAGAUACAGAUAUUACAUGUGGUUGCUAAAGGAGGUAUCUAUUAUUAUAAAUAACUCAAUUAAUACAUUUUUAGUGAUUAUGCUCCUGGUGAUAAUUAAAAAUAAAAUUAUUAAAAAAGAUAUAAGUA